AUGCCUUUCUCUGCCAACCUCAUCCAAAGGCCCGCCCUUCACAGGGUCCUUCCCACUGAGUCCAAGCGUCAAGCAACCAAGACAUCAUCCGCUAAGACCAUGAUCACACCCACUGAAGCUACUCCACUUGUCGCAGUGAUCGGCGUCGGUUUCGUGGGUACAGGUCUUGUAGACUCUUUCUCUUCCAAGUAUGAGGUCAUGGGUUUUGACAUCAGCGAGAACCGACUUGAGUUUCUGCGUGGGGAGUUCAGAGCUCGACCCAACGUGUCUUUCACCUCCAAUGAGUCUGAUCUUGCCAACGCUACUCACUUCCUCAUCUCUGUUCCUACUCUACUCCGGUCUGACAAGACUAUUGACCUGUCUUACCUACAAAGUGCUCUGUACCAAGUUGAGCAAUGGGCUCGUCCUGGAUGCACCAUCGUUAUUGAGAGCUCAGUGGCUGUUGGUAUGACUCGUCAGCUCCUUGGUCCCAUUGCAAAAGCCAAGGGUCUCUUCGCUGGAAUGUCUCCUGAGCGUAUUGACCCCGGUCGAACUGAGCCUCCUAUGAAAUCCAUCCCCAAGGUUGUUUCCGGUCUUGAUGAUGUCAUCCCUGGGUCUCUAGACGCUGUUGUCCGCCUCUACGGUCGAGUUUUUGACAGAAUUGUCCCUGUCUCUAAGCCCGAAGUUGCUGAAAUGUGCAAGCUCUACGAGAACUGCCAACGGAUGAUGUGUAUUGCCUUCGCCAAUGAGAUGGCCGAUGCCUGCCAGGGUCUUAGCGUCAACCCUUUUGAGGUUGCAGAUGCAGCUGCUACUAAGCCCUUCGGUUACAUGCCCUACACUCCCAGUCUCGGUGUUGGUGGCCACUGCAUCCCCGUCAACCCAUACUACCUCCUCUCAAAUUGCGAGUUUCCCCUCCUCCAAGCUUGUGCCGACAAGAUGAGCAAGCGACCCGCCAACAUGGCCAAGAAAAUUGUCAACGAACUCAUGGGAGGUGGGAAGCUCCAACGCCGCGACUCUGGAAUCGAUAUGACAAAGAGGGUUCUGGUUGUUGGAAUGGGCUUCAAGGCUGGACAGGACCAUCUUGUCAACUCACCUGGCCUACAACUGGCCAAGGAACUGCAGAGGCUUGAAAUUGAUGUUCACUUUGCGGAUUCCUUGGUCAAGCAAGCUGCUGUACCAGAUAUUCCACGAUUGGAUGAUGCUGACUGGGUCAAGGAGGAGCUUCAACAGUUUGAUAUGAUUGUUGUCAGCUUCAGACAGUGGGGCAUGGACUUUAGUGUCUUGGAUCAAGUCACUGAUAUUCCUGUUCAGAUGUGGUGCCAAUAG